UUUGUGUGGUAUAUGAAUACCAAAACUGCAUAGGCAAUGAUAUGAAGGCGAAUGCAAUUAAAGAUUUACACUGCAAGUUGUAUUCGAAAAGUUUCUCAAAAUUGCACGAGCUUCUAGGCGAGAACAAUAUGAUAGAAUUUCAAAUAUAACAAGUAGAAAGAUUGGCCAAAUUUACUACUUCAAAAUCUAAUACCAUACUCAUUCAAAUUACAAAAUUAAACAACUGCACAGAAUAUGCGUAAAUGUUGCUCGACAAGAAAAUGGCGUCCACAGAGGCUGAACUGAAGUUUCGUCUCUACCGCGUGCUUAGUGGUGUUCUUCUGAAUCACUUUUUUCCUCCAAUGUCUUUAGAACAUUAUUUUAUCAAAAUGACAAUAAAGCGUUAUUUUAGUAGUGGCUAAAGGAUCUUAACAAAGGAUGAAAGAAACGUUUCUUUGGGCGGUUUCGCGAAAUUUGAUGCUCUUAUUUCUUUUGUCUUUUGAAAUCGAGAAAUUAAAACCUUGCGAAAUAUUGCCUAGCCGAAAUCGAGAAAUUGAGAACGCUUGAAAUUAACUAAGAAAGCAUAUUUAUUAGAAACACUUAAUUGUGAUCUUUUUGAUAUAGGUGACAGAAAUAAUUACAACCUUUAUAAGUUCCGUUAAGACACUUCGGUUAACAGAAGAGCUAUAGCGAAACGCAGCUGCUUUGACAAUACUUGUUUACGGUAUAUUCUCACUGAAUGUAAUAAGAAAAUACUUUAAACAAGUAUUGUCUCAAUGAAGACAUAAUCCAUACCAGCUAAUGCAAAUCGCAAUCUCGUAUCCAAGGUGUCUCUUGUAAUACAUAAAAAAUAAACAGACUGUCAGUUGAAUGAAUAAAUAUAUAUUUUGGCACCGUCUGGUCAUACAACUCAAAUGGACGCUGAGCACGGCUAUGGCCUAAUUGAGAUAAUUAUUUUCAUUUCCCGCCCUAGUUAGUUUGAUCUUUUUAUUUAUUUUCGUUAUCGUACCCGGGAAUACCGCACCUUCCGCUCCUUCUGGGUAUAUUACCAUCAAGGUUAGCAGUUAAUGGAAAUCUUAAUUGCGCACACGACACAGCUGCCUUAUGUGAAAGGAAGGCUCCCUUUCUUUGGCCAAUGGAAACGAAAAAAGAAAAAAGCAACUAUUGAAUAACGGCAGGUGGAUCAACAAUUUCAUUCGACAGUUAAUAUUUUUCGGUGGGCAACGAAUAAAUUUGCAAUUGACGCAAGUGAGGAAUCUAAUGUGUACUUUCAAAACAUAACGCAUGUUGAUUGUGUUAAUAAUGCUUCGGGAUUAAUCGGCAACAAUUCAUUUCUGAACAUCAGUUCUGAGGGUAGCAGGAGCCUGUAGAAAGCAACAUUUAAUUUGACAUCAGACCUUUUUACAUCUUUGACUAUUCCACGGCUGUUAAUUAGGGUGCCUCGGAAACAGAAAAACACCAAGCGAGUGACUCUGAAUACAGGACGUGUCAUAAACCAUGAACGCGCCAUUUGAUAACGCCACACAAGCUGACUGCCUCGUGGAAGUUCCUCUCCUUUCACUUACUGGUGAACGAGUUGGUAUUUUAGUUAACAUAAUCGCCAAUAUAGGGCUCAUGUUCACGGCAAUUUUGGGAAACGUUUCGAUCCUUCUUAGCUUUGUGUUUGCAUCGUCUUUACGUAAAACUUCGAACUAUCUUCUGCUUGGCUUAGCUUUGACUGAUCUUGGAGUGGGACUUGUUGUUCAUCCAUUGUAUAUCUCUGUGAUGUUAAGCGUCUACGCCAACUCUGCACCGCAUUGUACUGUUUUGGUUAUUUACAGCAUAUCGGUCUCAUUUUUAGCUGGCGUCUCUUUUCUCUACAUUGCAAUGAUUGGCUUGGAUAGAUGUUUAGCAAUCCGCCUGCACCUGCGAUAUGGACAGAUUGUGACUGAAAAACGAUCCGUCAUUACACAGGGAGCUGUAUGGGUAAUAAAUGGGUUGCUAUGCUUGGUUUGGUUAGCAGGUUUUCAAGUUUACUCCACGUUAGCGGCUGUUGUUGUUGCUAUUUCUCUUCUCGGUACACUUGCUGUUUAUGUUAAGAUCUACCAAGUGGUCAAACGGCAUAAAGCUCAAAUUCGGGAUCAAUUGACAGUGCAGUUGUCGGAAAUUGAGGUCAGUCGCUUGAAAAGAUUGCGGAAAUCGGCCGUCAACACUCUUUACGUGUUCUUCGUCUUCCUGUUAUGUUAUCUUCCCUUUUUCGUCGCCACAGCAAUAAACAACAUUUUAAAGUCUUCAAAUACAUCGGUUGUAUUGGCCUAUGAGUUCUCGGUUACAUUGAUGCUUUCUAAUUCUUCAUUGAAUCCACUGAUGUACUGCUUGCGUCUCCGAGAUUUCCGGACCGCUGUUAAGAAAACCUACAAGAGAAUAUUCUGUUUGGAUUCUGAACAUGAAUAAAACUACAGCAACGCCGAAACUUAUAAAGCCUGUGAAUCGUAAUUACUUUAAUCUUCUUAAAGAUGGUUAAUCAGGCUAUAGCGGGUUGUGUAUAAUUAUGACAACAGACGCAAUAAAAUGUACGCAUCAUG